CCUCCAUAGGUCAUCGCUCCAUGGAGGAUUCCUGAGUUUUACAACCGUUUCCGUGGCCGGAAGGACCUGAUGGAAUACGCAGAGAAACACAACAUUCCUGUUCCCGUCACACCAAAGGCUCCGUGGAGUAUGGACGCCAAUCUGAUGCACAUCAGCUAUGAGUCUGGCAUUCUGGAGAACCCCAAGAAUCACGCACCUUCAGAUCUCUACCAGAUGACCAAAAACCCUGAGCAUUCUCCUGAUCAAGCAGAUAUGCUGGAGAUCGAGUUCAAGAAAGGUGUUCCAGUGAGAGUGUCUCAUUUAAAGGAUGGCAUCAGUAAAGAGACCCCGCUGGAGAUUUUCUGCUAUCUGAAUGAGAUCGGAGGAAAGCAUGGUGUGGGGAGGAUCGAUAUCGUGGAGAACCGCUUCAUCGGAAUGAAGUCCCGAGGAAUCUACGAGACUCCUGGAGGAACGGUUCUCCUUCAGGCUCAUCUGGACAUCGAGACCUUCACUAUGGACCGAGAGGUGCGCAAGAUCAAGCAGAGCCUCGGCAUCAAGUUCUCUGAGCUCAUCUAUAACGGCUUCUGGUUCAGCCCCGAGUGUGAGUUUGUGCGCGAGUGUGUGGAGAGAUCUCAGAAACACGUGGAGGGACGAGUCCAGCUCUCCGUCUACAAGGGACAGGUGUACAUCCUGGGCCGAGAGUCUCCCAAAUCACUGUACAACGAGGAGCUGGUCAUCAAUGAUGUCAGGCUGAGGGAACACAACCGUCUGCAGGGAGCCGCCCUCAGCAAACACAACGUCUGAUAAACACAGCUCAUGUGUGUGUGUGAUUGGAGGAUCAGCAAUACACACGUAUAAUCACACAUACAGGGAACGUUGUCACAACGUUCACACAAGGUUUCCUCAACGUUAUGAACACAACUCUUUCAGUAACAGCAGCACAUUGAAGAUUAUAGUGGAUCCCUGUAUAGUGCACUCACUGAACAGCUCAUUACAAGACCAGCAACAAUCAUUCAGUCAUUCCCCAUCAGCUUAGACCUUUAUUCAUCAGGGGUCGCCACAGCGGAAUGAACCGCUAACUACACACCCAUACACACUCAUUCUCACUCACUCACUCAUACACUACGGCCAGUUUAGUUGAUCAGUUCCCCUAUAGCGCAUGUGUUUGGACUGCGGGGGAUUCCAGAGCACCUGGAGGGAACCCACGCCAACACAGGAAGAACAUGCAAACUCCACACAGAAACACAAACUGACCCAGCUGAGGCUCAAACCAGCGAUCUUCUUGCUUUGAGGCGAGAGUGCUUACCACUGAGCCACCAUGUCGUCUUACUUUUAAACCUUUAUAACUUCACUACAUAACUAUAAUGUAGUCAUUGAAGUGUCCAUAUAUGGAAUAUAUAUAAUUGGUCGUUAAUUCUGUAGCGCUUUUUACAGUGUAGACCGUCAGAGCAGUUUAACAAGGAUGAAGAAUACAGAGAAUAAAAGCACAGGAGGUCAAUAAAAGCUCAAACUCCACCACUUGUCUUAGAAUAGUAAGAACAAUGUUGAAAAUUAACAUUCCUUUAAUGUUUUUAAAGGUCCUGUGAAAUUAAAUUGACGUUUUUUUAAAUGUUAGUAUCAAUAUGUUAAUUUAAAGCAUAUCCAUAAUCUAGUGUGCUCUAAGAUUCACAUGUAGAAGAUAUAAACCUGAUAUAAACAUCUAAAGCUUGCAGUUUGUUUCUCGUAAAAUUUUCUGACCAAUCAAAUGGUCUUUUGUGUGUGACAAGCCCCGCCCCUUCUUCUUAUUGGCUAUUCAUUUAAAGCGCUUGAGCUCAAUCGCUUUUACUGGCUGAGCUGAGGAAAGACAGCACUAUUGGCUGUUUUUAAAAAGGGGAGGGGCUUCUAUAUGCCCCGCCCCCUCUCUUUGUUUUAGUUGAACUUGUCAAAUAAAAGCGCACAUUUCAAAGCACUUCGAGACCUUUAAAUUAGUAAAAAGUGGCAUUUAAUUGAACGAACUGUACUCUAAGUUAAUAUUCAUUCAUUCAUUCAUUUUUUUGUCGGCAUAGUCCCUUUAUUAAUCCGGGGUCACCACAGCGGAAUGAACCGUCAACUUAUCCAGCAAGUUUUUACGCAGCGAAUGCCCUUCCAGCUGCAACCCAUCACCGGGAAACACCCACACACACAUUCACACACACACUCAUACACUACGGAACAAUUUAGCCUACCCAAUUCCCCUGUACUGCAUGUGUUUGGACUGUGGGGGAAACCGGAGCACCCGGAGGAAACCCACACAAAGGCAGGGAGAACAUGCAAACUCCACACAGAAACGCCAACUGAGCCGAGAUUCGAACCAGUGACCCAGCGACCUUCUUGCUGUGAGGCGACAGCACUACCUACUGCGCCACUGCCUCGCCCUAAGUUAUUAUUUCUCCAAAAUAUGCUUAAAUGUGCUAUCCGCUAUUGUCGUCAUACUUCAGUUUCUCAUCAAAUCAUCUGACCUAUCGGAUGUUCUCUGGUGUUAGACAUGCCCCGCCCCCUUCUUCUCAUUGGCUGUUCAUUUGAUGCACUUGAGCUUAACCACUCUCACCGGCAGAGCUGUGAGAAAUCUGAACGCUGUUGGCUGAUUUUUGAAUAAGUGAGGAGCUACUGUAUGCCCCGCCCUCUCCAUGUUUCAGUUUAAAUUACGUCAAACAUCCAAUAAAAAGUGCACAUUUCAAAGCACUUCCAGACCUUUAAAAUAAUAAAAUGUGGCGUUUAAUAAAGCAAACUAUACUCUUUUAGUUAUUGUUUCUUCAAAAUAUGCUUAAUUUGUGUUAUCCGUGUCAUGAUUUCUGAACAGAUGUGAUCAUAUAAUUAUCUUUUAUGAUGCUGAACCCCAAGGAAACCUUCGCUGAAUGUUGUGAAAAGGUUCUCUUAAAGUUAUGAGUGAAUAUUCUUCCAGUAUCAUUAACUCAGUGUUCUGAAAUGUUCUGAAAUGUUCAGAGAAGAUUGAAAUGUAACAUUCCUGUAAUGUUUUCAGAAUAAUAAAGCGUAAUGUGUGAUCUAAA